AAGAAUUGUCUUCCUGGCCUCUGAAGUCCCAGACCACUACCCACCCCCAACACGUUCCUCACCUUUAGCUGCAAUACUUAAGCAAGCAGCUUAGACACAGGGACGAGUUGCUCAUUUCUGAGUUUCUCCCACGUAUACAUGUUAUUAAACUUGGUAUUAUUUUCUCCUGCUAACCUGUCUUGGUAAUUAUUUGGCCAGCCAUAAGAACCUUAGGGAAAAGGGCAGAGAGAGAUUCUCCCUCUUCCCCCGACAGUUUUGGCAUAGUCGCCAGGAGCCACACUGGCUGGCAAGUUGCCUUUUCUGGCUGGAAGAACUGCCUUCUUCCUGGACUACUGCAGAUGAUGAGAUAUGGGAACGCCUGACGAAAGCCGGCGAAAGGAGACUGGACUUUAUAAGUAUAAAGGCUUUGGUGUUCUGAAGGACUGCCCACCGGAUCAACUUGCAAAUGUCUGUAUGGACCUAGACUAUAGAAAACAGUGGGGCGUAUGUGUUGAAGAACUCUAUGAAAAAGAAUGCAAUGGACAGACCAUGGUCUACUUGCAAGUGAGGUGCCCUUUUUCUAAGCCCAACAAAGAUUACGUCUACAUUCGGGAGAGGCGAGAGCUGGACGUGGAAGGGCGGAAGAUCCACGUGGUCCUGGCCCAGAGCACCUCCCAUCCAGAGUUUCCCGAGAGGUCCGGUGUGAUCCGGGUGACGCAGUACAAGGAGAGUCUGGCGCUCACAAGUGAUGGCGGGAACGGGAGCAAAGUUUUCAUGUAUUACUUCGAUAACCUGGGUGGCGAAAUUCUGACCCGGCUCAUUGACUGGGCUGCCAAGAAAGGGGUUCCUGAAUUCUUGAAAGAGCUGGUGAAAGCCUGUCGGAACUACCCCGGGAGAACCUAAGCAAGAGGAUUGGGCACCUCGUGUCCAGGGAAUGGUGUCUCCGGAAGCGCCACAGCCCGUGGAUGCUCAGCCUUCUCUGCCCUUCCGCCUGCCCCUCCCCAGCACGGCGUCCCUGCGCGUGUCUGCCUGACGCCCGGCUCGCCCGCCUGCUUCCUAUCCCCUCUCCCCACGCGGACCGCGGCCUUCUUCCACUGUGAAUAUGGGUCAGAUCAGGGAAGCCUCUGCUUGUUAUGUUUGCAAAGGGAAGUCCUCAACAGGGAACAGUUGUUCCAUUGUGCCAUGUUGGGGGGAUAGGGGGGAGGAGGAACGACAACAGAAGGUAAGAAUGACCCAGCCCCGCAAGCUGGCUCCUCCCAGGCUGUGAUUUCCUGCCCCCAGGAGGGGCUGCUGGACGCUGCCUUCCCCUCAGGGUUGCCUCUCAGUGCACUGGCUGGAGGACACGCGCUGAUGUCCCUUUGCCUUGGGCGUUGGGGACUUGAUGUGCCUGGGAUUCUAGGUGAUAAUGCAGUUAGUCUCUCCCCAUUCCUCCUCCUGGAGGCUCACUAGCUGUUUUGAUAUCAAACCAUUUUGAAAAACAUUGGGGGCCUGACAGAGCUCAUAAUGUGAUCACCAUUUUUCCCCAUCAUCCACUUCUGGGUUUUUCUUUUUCCCAUAUGACACUGGGGAAAGGCUGUCCAUACCCCACUAGCUCUGCAUUUUCCUGGAAACUGAGGCAUCCAGAUCUUUCUGGCAGUUAUCCAAAGCCAAAUGCUUUGAGCACAGCAUUGUGAUAAAGUGUCUUUAUAUGCAAUAAGAUGAAUUUGCCUUCUAGAAUGUGUGGAGAUGUUGGAGGGACAAUAGUUCCCAGCCAGGGAAAUAUUAAUUAGUGGCCUGGUUGACUCUGCACCUUUUUCUCAGGAAUUCUACUUAAGUCGUCUACCUCUUCCACCACCAAAAGACUUCUAGUUUCCUAUGUUUUCUCCUGAAUUUUGGCCGCUCAAGAUAUUCUGUAGCCAAAGCCGUAACCUUGAUGAUCUCACGGAAAAAUUUUUAAUCACUGUGUGUGAAGGUACUGAACCUUGAUUAAUGGGCAUGGAAAUUCAGGAUGUAAAGCUGGAAGCAGGGGAUUUAUGACAAUGGAAUUCCUCAGACUGUGUGUUUUGUCUCUGCAAAGCGAAGUGUGUUGAAUGCCGAAUAAAUACAGAGUGACUUAUACUUGUG